AUGAUAUUAGCGACAGUUCUUGAUGAUUACCGAAAAAUAUGUAGAGAUAUGGGAAUUACGCCUCUUAAAGAACUAGAAAAAUCGCUGGCAAUUUCUCCAGAUCAAAUUGACCUUAGCUCCUCCUUAAUUUCAUCUUCACAUUUUGAAGCGAUUCUUCGUUUGAUUCAAGAGCGUUCUGAAAUUGAUAAACUGGAUUUUAGUGGAAUACAUUUAUCAACGUCUCAACUGAUUCGUUUGUUUUCUUUAUUAGAAGAAUGUUGUAUCCGUAAACUUGUGCUUAGGAAUAUGGAAUUAGAUGUAAAAAGUGGGGAAGCUUUAAAAAAGUUAUCAAUGGAAUGCAAAGAUUUAAUUGAAAUUGACCUUACUAAUACUAUAUUACCUGAAUUUAUAGAAUAUAUCAUAAUGGAACGGAUUAAGCUUAAUAAAAUAGAAUAUGAAAAAAAUAUUCAAUGUGAACAAAAAGCGGUUGGACCUGAAGCUUCUAAUUUAUGGAGGUGGAGACUAGAGUCUUGGUCAGAAGAAAAUUCUACAAAGAUGACUCCGACAUCAAAAUCCUUACAAGAUAGUUAUUCUUUACGAAAUCUUUUGAGAAAAGUAAUUGAACAACAAACUCUUUUUUCGGAUAAUGAAUUCCCACCUGAAUUGGCAAUAAAAGAUUCAAAUAUUUCUUGGAUAAGAGUAAAUACUCUUAUACAAGAUAAAAAGAAACUAGAUAAUUGUUGUGUAGGAGGAAGUCCCUUAUCUUCAUCAGUUAUUAAUGAUACAAGAAACCUUUCGGCUGCUCUUAAUAUUGUUCAACAAAUACCUUACUUAAGAAAAUAUAUUUCUCUUCGUCAAGUUCCUGAUGUGGGUUUUUUUGCAUUUCGUUUUUUUAUUAAUGACUCACCAAUAACUGUUAUUAUUGAUGAUAUGAUUCCUUUUAAAAAUGGUACUCCAGCAGGGAUUCAUCAUAUUGAAGAUAAUGUAGAUUAUUGGGGAUCUUUAGUUGAAAAAGCUUUUGCCAAAAUUCAUGGAGGAUAUGAUAAUAUAGCAGGAGUAGGAUUUGAUUAUGCACUUUCGGUAUUAACUGGAGGAGUUUGUUUUGAAGUAGAUUGGAAUAUUUUAAAACAACACUUUAAUGAAAGUGAAAUGUUUAGAUUUAUUAGACAUUUAAUUAACGCAAAAAAAGUCAUUUCUACCUUGUGUAUUCCACGAAAUGAAAUGGUAAAAAAUUCUCUUAUGGAAAUUGGUAUAUGUCCAAAUAUGUCUUAUCUUGUUACUGCUGUUGAAGCUAUUAGAGAUGAAAAUCCAUAUCUUUCUUAUGCUGUACAACUUUCAUACCCAAGUAAAACGAAAUAUAAAGAUGCAAUAUGUAUUUCUCAAUUAAAUAAUGAUAAUUUUUUAGUACCUCCAAGAUUUUGGAUGGGUCUUGAAUAUUGUUUGACAUAUUUUGAGAGGUUUUGUUUAUUACUUUGGCCUUACGGUGACCCUCUAAAUAAUCACAAAAUUGUUAUGGAAUAUUCGUGUGAUUGUUAUGGUGGGUCAGAUUAUACUUCAACAUUUGCAAAAAAUCCUUCUUUUUUACUUUCAAAUCCAGGAUCAUCACGAUUGGAAAUUAUGCUUGUUUUACGAAAAAAAGAUGAAGAUAAAAAAAAUUCUGAAAAUUGGAUUCAAAUGCAUAUUCACAAAGCUAGUGAUUCUGAAAAUGAACUAGUGCGACGAUACGAUGUAUGUGCUAGAAAUGAAUUACUUUCUACGAGAAAGGGUUAUAAAGGAGAAAUUGCUCUCGUUAUUCGUCUUAGAGAAAAUGAACGAGUACAGUUAACCACUUCAGCUUUUUCAAAAUGUAAUUGUGUUUUAAGAGCUACAUGUGUUGAAAAAUUUCAAUUACAACCUCUUCCUUCACAUUAUGCAUAUACCCUUAAAGGUAAAUGGAGUAAGGAUUCUGUUGUAAAACCAUCUUUAUCUUUGACAAAUAAUAGCAAAGAAAAAGUUAAAAAACUAGUGGUAGUACUCUCACAAGAACCUGUUAAUCAAAGAUUGGUUUCUAUUGGAAUACAAGUUUGGUUAAAGAAUGAUCUCGAAUUAGAAGACAAAGAACCAUUUUUGGUUACAGAAUUUAGAACAGAUGUUGUUGUUGUUUUUAGGAUUGAAAUUGAGAUGAAGCCAGAUGAUUCUAUUGUAAUUUUUCCAUUGAGAAAAAGAAAAGUUGGAGAUGUUAAUUUUUCCCUAAGUGUUUAUAGCAGAUUUUCAUUAGAUGUAAAUAAUGGUUAG